AUGUCCCCAAGCCGCGUUUCGAACAAGCCUCACGUUGUGAGCCUGGGCGCCCCAAAGUUCGCGGGUGCCGAGUAUCUCGAGGCUUUUAGUAAGGAUCAUGAUUUUGAGGUUCUCGACGCGACAGAUCGCCAAGAGACUCAAAAGCGUCUUCCUGAAUUAAUAAAGGAGAAGGGACCAGUCGAUGCCUUUGUCAUCUGCAUGGGCACCCCGCCUUUCGAACCAUUCGACGAGGGUCUUCUCCGGUCGCUAGCUACUGACUGCCGCAUAAUUACUUCAGCUUCUGCUGGAUACAAUGAGUUCGAUGUUGAAUGGAUGACUAAAAACAACAUCCUUUUCUGUAACUCGGUAGAUGCGGUUGCUGAAGCCACCGCAGACAUGGCCAUGUUUCUAAUCCUGGCCACUUUGAGAAACACAUCCAAAGCCGAGCGAACGGCCAAGGCUGGGAAAUGGCGAGGAGAGCCCGGUAGUCUUGUUCCUGCGCGAGAUCCUACAGGCAUGACUCUGGGCAUCGUCGGCAUGGGCUCCAUCGGCAAGUAUCUGGCCAAGAAGGCGGCUGUCUUCAACAUGAAGAUCAAGUAUUACAACCGACACCAGCUCCCCAACGACGUAGAGCGCCAGUACAACGCCACCUACUGCACCACUCUAAAUGAGUUACUGUCACAGUCUGAUGUUGUGUCGCUCAACUGCCCGCUCAAUGACAAGACCACCAGCCUGAUGAGCACAGCCGAGUUUGCCGCCAUGAAGGACGGAAGCUUCCUUGUCAACACGGCACGCGGAGCAGUUAUAGACGAAGAUGCCUUCAAGGUGGCGCUCAAGACUGGCAAGAUUGCUAGAGCAGGGCUCGACGUGCUAGUCAACGAACCAAAUGUCGACCCCUGGUUCCUAGAGCAGGACAGCGUCAUUAUUCAACCUCACUUGGGAGGGUUGACAGAUAUCGCUUUCCAGAAGGCUGAGCGGGAGUGUUUUGAGAAUAUCAGGACUUAUUUCCGAACUGGCAAAGCAAACAGUCCCGUCAACGCCGGUUGUUUAAAGCCUAAUUUGUAG